AUGGCUUGGUUUUCGAUCCCUUUUGGACCGGCCACAACACUAGGACUGGCAGCAGUUGCGCUGAGGGGUGAUCCGGAUAUGAGAUCUCUGAGCGCAGCCGAUGUCAGCGCAGGCCUUCCAGCGCCAACAGCUGCCGCUGCUUUACUCGGGCCUGGUGGCGCAGCAGCGGUGCUCGUUCUCUUGUUUCUGGCGGUUACCUCUGCAACAUCCGCAGAAUUAAUCGCAGUAUCAUCUUUGUUGACCUACGAUGUCUACAAGCGAUAUAUCAACCCUCAUGCGACCGAGAAACAGAUCCUCAAUAUGAGCCAUUUGAUGGUGGUGCUUUAUGCUGUUGUCAUGGGCUUUUGCGGUCUUAUUUUCUACUACAUUGGUAUUUCUAUGGGGUGGUUGUAUCUCUUUAUGGGCGCCAUGCUGGGCUCUGCGGUUGUUCCGAUUGCGAUGUGCAUAACUUGGAGUAAGGCCAACAAGACCGGAUGUAUGGUUGGUGCUGUCCUCGGUUUGAUUCUUGGUAUCAUUUCCUGGCUCGUUACGACUGCCAAACUCAACAACAACGUGAUCAAUGUUGUGACCACAGGCGGCAAUUACCCCAUGCUAACAGGAAAUCUGGUCUCAAUCGCUGUUGGGGGACUCGUUUCGCUAGUCUGGUCUCUCAUUUGGCCAGAGAAUUUUGACUUCGACAUCACAAGAGCAAUAAAUUGUCCUGAGCCAUGCGGAACCGCUAGCACAGAUGAGGCAGAAAACGAAGGACCUUUCCCCGAGAAGUCGAAGGAGGGAGAAAGCCGACAGAAAGCCCUGCAGGUCGAAGAAGAGCAGGCCUACGAGACCGCGCAGAAUACAGGUAUCACAGGUGCCGCUGAGCUAAACCGUGCGGGAUUGGCGAAGGCAUAUCGGUUUGCUACCUGGUCUUCGGUCAUCCUUACCCUUGUUCUCGUUAUCAUCAUACCGAUGUCUCUCUUUGGGUCAUCGAUCGUCUAUAGCGUAAACGGAUUCGGGGCAUGGGUGAUUAUCGGGUUCGUCUGGGCAUUCUUGGCAGCAUUCAUAGUCGUCCUCUAUCCACUAUGGGAGUCCAGAGGCGGCCUUGCGAUGGUAGCGAGAGGGAUUAUCAAGGACAUCUAUAAACCGGGCUCUGGCUUAUAUGUUGAUACUGCAGAACGUCAGCCCUCAGCAUAAUUAAGUGCGGAUCAAGCAGGCUGCGAUACCGCCGCAGACGAUGAAAUAUGCGAUGUGAAACAAUC